GCGUCAGCCGCUGAGACCACACGAAAAAAUCCUCCGCCCACAAAAUCCCUGACUUCACAUCGUCAUCACCGGUAGACGACUAACGAAAAAAAAAAACGCCGGCGUCUUUUCUCUUCCGGGAGGAGAAAAGCUGUCUCCGACCGUCGUUCUUUCGCCUUCUCCGAUCAAUCAAUCAAUCAUCGGUUCGAAUCCCCUUAGCCCCAGCGGUUUCCGAUGUCUGUAGAGGAGCAGUGUAGGAAACCUCCUUCCCUCGUGGAGCUUUGCAUUAUGACUGCAAUUGACAAUGUGCGGUUCAUCGGAUACGUUGGUGGGUUAGAUUUUCAACUCCUCGACCAAAUUUUACAGCAUUGCACUGUAGAACAGUUAAUGCAUGUGGAGGAUUGUACUGCAGACACCGAUCUUAGUCCAAUCACUAAUAAAUUGUGGAAAAGGUUCUAUGAGAAGCAGUUUGGUUAUCAGAAAAUGAAUGUUGUCAUUGAGAGGAUGAAGCGGAACAGAGUAACUUUCAAGUGGAGACAUUUAUACGAGGCCAAGUUGAAAGAUGUCGAACAAGAUGAGGAGCGAGCUGCUGACCGGCUCAAACAACUUUACGAGAAGGAAGUUGCAAAGAAACAAAAUCGAAAAACUAAGCUUUGCGCAAAAGUUCCUCCCGGCAACAAAAGAGGCUUUUGGGGUGGACCUGGUCACAAUCUUUCCGGUGUGAAGAGUAACAUCAUGAAGAAGGCGAAAUUGGAUCUUUUAAAGAGUCAAGAAAUGAAAAAUCUCGCAGCAAUGAAGAGAAAGGCGGUCCAGAAGAGUUUCAGUAUCAGUGCUCCAAAGAGAAGUAUAUUACCUGCAAAUGUCCCUUCAACGUCGAAAGCUACCUCUUUUAGAUCUCCUCCUCCAAAGAAGAGUAGCAUCUCUGCGAAUGUUCCUUCAUCUUCAAGAAAUACAGCAACCAGACAGAACAGAACAUAAUGUAUAGCUGUGGCUUGCGAGUCUUCCCAUUGAAUGGAAGUGUAUCAUCUUUACAUGUAUUGCUUCAAAUAUUUAGACACCAAAUUCUCAAAUCUACUUUGUCGCUUUGGCAUCACAUUUGUAAUAAAUAUUCCGUUGUUCGAAAUUGUUACCCAACAAAACAGGAGACUGGAGAAGAAUCACAGCCAAAAAAAAACUGUAUUCAGAAGGUUUAAACUUGAGAUUUUUAUUAAAUGUUAUGAUUAUUCAAUCUCCGGCGAGAGCUUUGUCCCCGGAGAUGACAUGGACAAGUCCCCCCCCCCCCCAAACAAAAC